UCUAUUGGCCAAGAAAGAAGAGUUGAGGAAGAAAUGGUUAGAUUGAACAUUCAUUCACCGUGACGGCGGCCCAGGUAACGCGCGCACCACAGCCCUGGAACCACGGGCACCGCGGCCCGGGCAACACGGGCACCGCGAAAACAGAUCGCGCGCAGAGGCCUAAUAAGGCCUAUAUAUUUUGUAUUCGAAAUGCAACAGUCUUUUCGUGGAGACUACGCUCAGAGCAGCUGGAACCUAACAACAGCAAGAGGAAGGAGGAAAACGUGCUAUGAAACAAAAUUAGUUUUGUUUUUUUGCUAUCGCCCCAUGUUUGAUUGUAUUGUGUUGGUUAUUGAACUGUUAACCCACGAACUUGGUUUAUGUUUAUCAGCGAUAGAGAUCAUGACGAUAGCUGAUGUAACGGGAGUCCGGGCGUGUGCAGGACCGAACCGCGCUGUAUGACCACUGUUACACUGCCCAUAGACAGUAAAAAGUAUCUGAGACGGUAGAGGGGUUAGAAACCAAUAAAUGAAAAUAGGCUAUUUAUGUCAGGUAGCCCAUUUCUUCACAAUUUUCUUUUGAAAACCAUGAAAGUUUAAAAUCCCCCCCAAAAAAUUACAAAAGAAAAUCACGUUCCCAGCGCCCCCCUAGGUUGUGCGAACGGUCUAUGGAUCCACCUGCUAAAUUCAAAGAUGGAAAUCAGUCUUUUGGGAAAAGGUGAGGAUUUAGAGGGUGACCGGUCAGAGACAUGGAGGGGGGCUUCUUCAGCGGUGAAGAAGGGGGAGGCAAAGGCGGGAGAUGUUAAAGGGGGAAAAGGCUUCGAUCCAAUUUUUUUCAGAACAGUGUGAACAGCACAAAUCACAAUCUGGUCUGUGUGACGCCCCGCUCUGUGCCUUGAGCGUCAGUCUGAUAAUUUCUGAUUUAUACCGCUUUCUUUACUUUCUUUAUGAGGUCCUGAAUCCAACUCAGGUGGGAUCUCUCACAAUGCGACCUCAUUUUGACCUAACUCAAGAUCGUCAUUCAUCAUAUUGGCCACAUUCAAAACAAUGUGAACACCAAACCAAACCAUCUGUUGGAGCAAUACAUCUGAAAUGAGCAUUAAGGCUUGAAGUUCCCCAGAUAUGAAAAGUGUAUUUGUUCUGUGCUUGUUUUGUCUAGAAUCUAGAUGACUGCUAGGCUCUGGUCAAGAUGAAGCAGUGAACUCCAUGUGGUCAUAGUCUGUUCUUCAUAUGACAGAUAGAAAGGAUAAGAGGCUUGAAAUCAGAUGUUCUGACUUUGACAAAGCAGUUUUCUAGUCAGUGUUGAUCAAGCAGCUUUAUAUUUCUGUUAUUCUAGUUUCAAGCAUUAGGUUAUUCAGAGGCAAGAAAAACAUCUCAGUAACAAGUUAUAAUAUCUUAAGUAAUAUAAUUAGCCAAGAUGAAGAUGAUCACCUAGAAACUGCCUUUUGAGAAGUAUUAUCUUGUCAGCAUAAAAAUUGCAGUCUGAUACUGAUACUGAUUCAAAGUUGUGUGUGUGUUGUGUUGAAGCCCAGAGCGGCAGGAGAGAGCGGUGUCUCCUGGACCCAGCUUUGUCUCCCUGAAGAGUGACCACUCUAUGGAUCCACCUGUCACAUUUAAAGAUGGAAAUCAAUCUAUUGAGAAGAGGAGACUCCAGCAGGAGAGAGCAGAGUCCCCUGGACCCAGCUGCGUCUCUAUGAAGAGUGACCACUCUGUGGAUAGACCUCCUGAAUUUAAAGAUGGACGCCCCUCCAGAAAGAAGAGAAAACACCAGGAGAAGUCGAAGGAACAUGGCCGCCAGAGCAAAGCUAAGAGCCCAGAGCAGCAGGGGAGACCAGAGUCCCCUGGACCCAGCUGUGUCUCCCUGAAGAGUGACCACUCUAUGGAACAACCUGUUAACUUUAAAGAUGGAAAUCAGUCUAUUGAGAAGAGCCCAGAGAGGCAGGAGAGAGCAGUCUCUACUGGACCCACCUGUGUCUCCCUGAAGCGUGACUACUCUAUGGAUCCACCUGUCACAUUUAAAGAUGGAAAUCAAUCUAUUGAGAAGAGAAGACUCCAGCAGGAGAGAGCAGACUCCCCUGGAUGCAGCUGUGUCUCUUUGAAGAGUGACCACUCUGUGGAUAGACCUUCUGAAUUUAAAGAUGGACGCCCCUCCAGAAAGAAGAGAAAACAUCAGGAGAGAUCCCCACAAUGCUCAGAGAGCCAGACGGAGGAGGAGGAGGUGGAUGGUAAGAAGGAAGAGCAGAGGAGGCGCGCUAUAGAGGGAGUGGUAACUGAGGAGCUGGCCGACACACUGCGGGGUGGAGCUGUUGCUGUUGAGUGCCAACAUAAAAUCAAGUCUCACCUGAAGGAAAAGUUCAGGAAUGAGUUUGAGGGAAUCGCUAAAGCAGGACAGCCAACCGGUCUGAAUGACUUCUACACCGAGCUCUUCAUCACAGCGAGAGGCAUUGGAGAGGUGAACCAGGAACAUGAGAUCAGACUUAUUGAAACAGCCUCCAGGAAAUUAGCCAGGGAGGAAACACCAAUCAAAUGCAAAGACAUCUUUAAACCCUUACCUGGACAAGAUCAACCGAUCAGAACAAUAAUGACAACGGGGGUGGCCGGCAUUGGUAAAACAGUCUUAACACACAAGUUCACUCUGGACUGGGCUGAAGGUAAAGCCAACCACGACAUACAUUUCACAUUUCUUUUGACUUUCAGAGAGCUGAAUUUACUGAAAGGGAAAGAGUUUAGCUUGGUGGAACUUCUUCAUCACUUCUUUAUUGAAACCAAAGAAGCAGCUAUCUGCAGAUACGACCGGUUCAAUGUUGUCUUCAUCUUGGAUGGUCUGGACGAGUGCCGACUACCUCUGGACUUCAAGAACAACCAGAUCUUGACUGAUGUCACCAAGUCCUCCUCGGUGGACGUGCUUCUGACAAACCUCAUCAGGGGCGACCUGCUUCCCUCCGCUCGCAUCUGGAUAACCACACGCCCUGCGGCAGCCCAUCAGAUCCCUGCUGAGUGUGUUGGCAUGGUGACAGAGGUGAGAGGCUUCAACGACUCACAGAAGGAGGAGUACUUUCGGAGGAAAUUCACAGAUGAGACACUGGCCAGCACAAUCAUCUCCCACGUCAAGAAAUCACGAAGCCUCCACAUCAUGUGUCACAUCCCAGUCUUCUGUUGGAUCACUACAACAGUUCUUGAAGACCUCUUCCAAACAUUCCCGAGAGGAAAAGAGAUGCCCAAGACCGUGACCCAGAUGUACAUCCACUUCCUGAGGGUUCAGUCCAUACAGGGAGACAUGAAGUACCAUGGGAGAGCUAAAACAGAUCUAGACUUGAGUUCAGAGAGCAGGGAGAUCAUUGUUUCUCUUGGAAAACUGGCUUUUAACCAGCUGGAGAAAGGCAACCUGAUCUUCUACGAGGCAGACCUGGCAGAGUGUGGCAUCGAUAUCAGAGCAGCCUCAGAGUACUCAGGAGUGUUCACCCAGAUCUUUAAAGAGGAGUGUUGGCUGUACCAGGACAAGGUGUUCUGCUUUGUCCAUCUGAGCAUCCAGGAGUUUCUAGCUGCACUUUAUGUCCUUCAGUCCUUCAUCAACACUGGUGACAAUCUAUUCUCAGAAGAACCAGCUACCUCCGGCAAAGAUGAACUCUUCCUCUACCAGAGUGCUGUGGACAAGGCCUUACAGUGUGAGAACGGACACCUGGACUUGUUCCUCCGCUUCCUCCUGGGCCUCUCUCUGGAGACCAAUCAGAAACUCCUACGAGGUCUGCUGGGAAAGACAGGAAGAAAGACCAAUCAGAGAACAGUCUGUUACAUCAAGGAGAAAAUAAAUGGAGAUCUCCCUCCAGAGAGAAGCAUCAAUCUGUUCCACUGUCUGAAUGAGAUGAACGAUUGUUCUCUAGUGGAGGAGAUCCAACAGUACCUGACAUCAGGAAGCAUCUCAACAGAAUCUCUCUCCCCUGGUCAGUGGUCUGCUCUGGUCUUCAUCUUACUGUCAUCAGAAGAGGAGCUGGUUGUGUUUGACCUGAAGAAAUACGCUGCUUCAGAGGAAGGUCUUCUGAGGCUGCUGCCAGUGGUCAAAGCCUCCAAAACAUCUCUGCUGAAUGGCUGUCAUCUGUCGGAGAGAUGCUGUGAGGUUAUUUCCUCAGUUCUCAGCUCCAACUCCUCUAGUCUGAGAGAGCUGGACCUGAGCUUCAAUGAUCUGCAGGAUUCAGGAGUGAAGCUGCUUUCUGCUGGACUGGGGAGUCCACACUGUACACUGGAAACUCUCAGGCUGAAUGGCUGUCAUCUGUCAGAGAGAUGCUGUGAAGCUCUGGCCUCAGUUCUCAGCUCCAACUCCUCUAGUCUGAGAGAACUGGACCUGAGUACCAAUGAUCUGCAGGAUUCAGGAGUGAAGCUGCUCUCUGCUGGACUGGGGAGUCCACACUGUACACUUGAAACUCUCAGCUUGUCUGGCUGCCUGGUCACACAGGAAGGCUGUGCUUCUCUGGCCUCAGCUCUGAGCUCCAACCCUUCCCAUCUGAGAGAGCUGAACCUAAGCUACAAUCACCCAGGAGACUCAGGAGCUGCGCUGCUCUCUGCUGGAGUGGAGGAUCCACUCUGGAGACUGGACCCUCUCAGUGUGGAGCACGGUGGAGUGUGUAGGCUGAAACCAGCUCUAAAGAAGUAUGCCUGUGAACUCACACUAGUCCCAAACACAGCCCACAGACAACUCUCUCUAUCUGAGGACAACAGAAAGGUGACAGUGGUUGGACGUCCAGAUCGCCCAGAGGGAUCUCACUCCUGUCCCCAGGUGUGGUGUAGAGAGGCUCUGACCGGCCGAUGUUACUGGGAGGUUGAGUGGGAAGGACGUGUUGCUAUAGGAGUGGCCCACAGAGGAAUCCCAUCGAGAGGAGGGGCUGACACCCGCCUUGGAAGGAACAACAGGUCCUGGAGUCUUCAUUGUAAUGAUGGUCUUUACUCCGCCUGGUACAACGGUAGUAGAACAGUCAUACGUCUCCUCUCGGUUGGCUCUAAAAGAGUAGGAGUGUAUCUGGACCGGCCUGCUGGCACUCUGACAUUCUACAGAGUGUCCCCAGAUGGAGGAGGGUCCUCAGACACACUGACACACAUCCACACCUUCCAGUCCACCUUCACCCAGGAGGACCUCCUCCCUGGGUUUGAGUUCCCUUCGUUCUCUCGAUCGUUUGGUCACUCAGUGUCUCUGUGUAACUUAAAGUCUCUCUCUCUAUCAUCUCCCGGUCUGAGGACACAUAGGAAUACCGAAUGCACACAGUACCACAUGCAUAUAUGAAUACAAACGCACGCGCACACACAUAUUAACACAUUCGGUGCACACACAUACACACACACACACACACACAUGCAUAUAUAAACAUUCAAAUAUGCACACACAAACACAUGCAAACGUGUGCACACACAUGAAUGCCUACAUAAACACACGGGCGCGCACACACAUGUAUGCAUACAUAAAAGCAUGCGCGCACGCACACAUACUGCAAGCAUACUGCACACAUGCAUAAACACACAAAUACACGCACGCACACACACACACACACACACACACACACACACACACACACACAGAUAUUGACACACACAUGCAAACAGCGCGCAUCCACAUGCACACAUUCUUAAACACACACACACACAGACUACACACACAUGUAUAGUAUAACACACAGACACAUACACACACAUUGUGUUUUUGUGAUAUAAGUUCAUGUACUCAACUGUAAUCCAGUUGAGUACAUUUUCUACACUUUCUUGGGCUUCUGAAAAAUACUUUUAAGAUCCUCCAUAAGGUUAACAAAGCAGGUUUUACAGAGACUAUAAUUCUAAUGUCAAAUGUAUUUUAAUUAUUGAAUGAUGGUAAAUCUAAACAUGUUUAUACUACAAUAUUGUGUAUAUUUUCAGACAUUUCAUGCUUAAGGGCUCUGAUAUCUCAGAGCCCUGAGAUAUCAGUCUUGGAAAAGCUUUUGAUCGUGUUGUGAAUGACUUUAAAGUAUUGAUUCCUUGUGUUCUGUUGGGAACAACACAGCAGCAGAACAUGUUCAGUUAUUAAAGAUAUGUUUUUGAUUAAUAAUGUCUGCUGCUUCUGUUGUUUGAGUCCUAGUGUUUAUUGUGUACAGGUAAGGGACUUUUACCAACAUUACCAAUUAAUAAUGAGGACACCAGCAAGUGCAUUUCCAUAAUCAGACUCAUACGCCCGAUGAGAGACGGAAUAUGGAGAGAAUUCUAGAAGCGGCCCGACAGGAAACAGACACCAGCUACUGGCGUCUCUCCAGAGAUUAACCCCCCCCCCCCCGUCUAACAGGACCCUGAGCGUCCAUGUUGAAACACA